AUGGGGAACCCAAGGUUGAUUUCCAACAAGACUCAGAACAUCAAAUUGAAACUGUUGAUACCCUUGCCCUUGCUCUGCCGUAACAUCAGAAUAGCAAAUAUCAAGAACAAACCCUACCCGAAAUCCCGCUUCAGUCGCGGUGUGCCCGACCCCAAGAUCCGAAUCUACGAUGUUGGCAUGAAGAAGGGCAUCGAAGAGUUCCCCUUCUGCAUCCACCUCGGCUCCUGGGAGAAGGAAAACGGUUCCAGCGAGGCUCUCGUGGCAGCACGAAUCACCUACAACAAGUACAUGACCAAGUUCCACCUGAGGGUUAGGGUUCACCCCUUCCACGUCCUCCGAAUCAACAAGAUGCUUUGGUGCGCCGAAGCUGAUAGGCUUCAGACUGAGAAGCCGCUCGGGACCUGCGCUAUGGUUGGUAUUGAGCAGUUUACAAGAUUAAGCAUAAAUAGAAGAAUAAUCGGGAAAGAGAGAGGAGAGGGGGACAAUGGCAGCUAA